AUAGGCUACCACUGCUGUAGGGGAUCUUUUAUAUUCCCCCAGACAUAGGCUACCACUGCUGUAGGGGAUCUUUUAUAUUCCCCCAGACAUAGGCUACCACUGCUGUAGGGGAUCCUUUAUAUUCCCCCAGACAUAGGCUACCACUGCUGUAGGGGAUCUUUUAUAUUCCUCCAGGCUACAACUACUUUUGUAUGCUUAAAAAUUAUAUGCAAUGCAGUUAUUUUGGAUGUGUUCACAACUUCACAAUCGUUGUUUUGAUUUCAGUGUUUAUAAACUGACAGAACUGUGCUAUGGGUGUGACUGGCUUGUGGACGAUUCUGGCUCCUGUGAAGGAGCACAAGGAGCUGGAGAGCCUCCGGGGUGAAACACUGGCCGUGGACCUCAGCAUCUGGGUGUGUGAGACACAGAGUGUGAAGAAGAUGCACGGAAUUGUAACCAAGCCACAUCUGAGGAAUUUAUUGUUUCGGGUGUGCCACCUAACUCAACUUGGAGUAAAACUAGUGUUUGUUGUCGACGGCAAGGCACCUGAACUCAAAUGGCAGGAGAUGUCUCGCCGGAAUCAGGCUUUGGGUCGAGGUCGAGGCUCGCAGAUAAGAACAGGAAACAGAUCUAACUUCAACCGUGUCAUUAAAGAAUGCUGCGAGUUGCUGGACAUCCUUGGUAUUCCGUACAUUCAGAGUAAAGGCGAGGCGGAAGCUAUGUGUGCGGCACUGAAUGCCUGUGGGCUUGUAGAUGCCUGUAUAACAAAUGAUGGGGAUGCUUUUCUUUAUGGAGCUCGAAAAGUAUACAGGAAUUUUACCAUGAACUCGAAGGACCCACAUGUUGAGAGUUACAGUAUGACGUCUAUCAAGACUAACCUUGGUUUCACUCGACAGGCACUUAUUGGUGCUGCCCUCCUCUUGGGGUGCGACUACCUGCAGGGGGGAGUACAUGGAGUGGGCCUGGAGCGAGUAGUAAAACUCAUGUCAUCCUUGUCUCAUGUGGACAUUUUGAAAAGGUUUGACAGCUGGGCUAGGAUGGACCUGACUGAGUGUACUGACAAGGUGGAACAGUUUGUAAGACAAAAGGCACUGGCCAUGCACGGUUUUCCACAGAAAGAGAUUAUAUCUGAAUUUCUUAAUUCAAGAGAGACAACUCCAUCCAGACAAUUCAGUUGGAGAAGACCUGUAAUACAACGAGCACAGAGUUUUGCAGAAGUAAAGCUUGAAUGGCCGACAGACUAUACACUGGAAAAAGUUCUUCCUCUUGUAACCCUGUGGGAUAUGACACACAUUUCAGCAAGUAAUGUCAAACCCACUCAUCAUCUUCAGCCACACAGAAUAGUGAAGAUGCGAGUGCGACAGGGUGUAUCUGUGUACGAAGUGGAAUGGCACAAAGAAGUUUUUGACACGUCUUAUCCCAAGGACUACUAUACUACUCUAGAAGAACAGUCUUUGUUCAGUCAGUGUUUUCCUGAUGUGGUGGAGCAGUUUAUCACUGAUGUGGCAGAAGCUAAAACAAACAAGAAGAAAGGUUCUAGAAAGAAAACAAAACUUGUCAGUGACCCAGUUGUUGAUGAGUUGGCUUCUCAGAUGGAUUUAAUCAACCUUGACUGUGCAUCAAAACCUUCAGCUGUAGGCAACAACAAGCAAGGCCCUGUCAUUAUGGAUCAUAAAAGUGAAAAACCAGCAAAAGUUGAUAAGUCAAAGACUGUUAAAAAGUACUCAAAAGAUUGUACAGAUAUGGAAGGAAAACACGACCCAAGUUGUAACAUUAUUAAUCCCAUUUCUAAUAAUGAUCGGCCCAUAAUUAGUGUUAGAGGUACUUCAUUAAAAGAUCAAACUCGGAUGUUGCAGCAUCAAAUAGUGCUUGAUUCUGAUGAUGACGAGAGUGAUGAAGAACUGUUUCUGACUUUAACUCAGAGAAUACAACUGAGGUCAAGAAGAAAGAGUCGACCGGAAAUUCCAAACAGUGAAAUGGAAAGUAUGACAAAAACACCUUGCAGUUUAACAGUUGAAUCAGUGCCAGAUGAUGCAAUCACUGAUAACACAGACUGUUCAUCAUACACUUUCUGCCAACCUGACUCCGAAACUGUACAAGAAUCCAACAUCAUUCCAUCCUCUGAAUCCGUUUCGAGCAGAUGUAGACACGAUGACAGUUCAGAACAUGCAAGCAGUCAUGAUGGUAUUUUAGCAGUAGCAAAAAUACCUGUGUCAUUCACAAACAAAACACCAGUUUCACAACAUUCUGCAAGGUACGGAAGAUCGUUUGUGAACAAUAGUGUUCACAAAGAUAUUUCAUUUGUUGAAGCCUUCACUCAUUGUUCACCUUUGUCAGCUGAUGAUGUGUCAUCGAAGAAUGAUUUCUUGGAGUUUGGAAAUUUUCAUAUGCAGACUUCAUUACUGACAGAUUUAAGUCUGAUGGCAUCACCAUGCCCAACUUCUGGAGACGGUUGUAGUCAUGGUGAUGAAAAACACCCGUCUUAUGUUCAUUCUCCUUCCUUAUUUGAUUCCCCUGAGAGUUCUUAUCAGGUGAAUCAUCAGAAUCUGGUUUAUUCCCCCUUCAGCAGCAGUGUUCAAGCAGUAUCUUCAAAACACAGUAAAACUGAGAACAGUGGAAAACAGAUGGCCAGUACAGAGCAGACGGCCGGUACAGAGCAGACAACAAAAGACAAACAUUCAGAAGUUAGAUCCACCUUGAUCAGCAGUAAUGGUCAACUUCAAACGAAAUGCUUUAGACAUGAUAAAACUGUAAGCAAGCAAAACAAUGAAGUACAAAUCGUGAGUGAAGGAGGUAUGGUGAAACACAAAAGUGCACAAGUGAGAACAUGUAGCAGUAUUAUUACAAAACCAGAUUCUGGAGAAAGAUGUCAUCGCUUCUGUGAUAAACAUUCUUCCAUCUCCAGUACAGAUAAGGGUAAUAAUACCUUGAAAGGUGCAAAGAAACAGUUCGUGAAUUCUACAGGUGUCUCAACAGAAAAUGCACUUAAGGAAGCAUAUUCACCAUGCCGUAGAACUCUUGAAAAACCAGACUGUUUGGUACCUGAUAAUGGACACCAUAGUGAUACAUGUUUACAGGUAGAUCCGCUGAAAUGUAAACUAGAUGUCAUUCAUUUAGAUGAAUCCCAGAAAGAGAACUGUGGUCCAAGUCUUUAUGAGCAGAAAGUGAUGACGGAAAGUUUUACCCCUUCAAGCAGAUCUAUUGUUGACGAUAAUGAAAAAAUGGAGAUCAAUUUGUCCCGACAGUUUUGUUUCUCUGACGAUUCGUUGAUACAGGAACACAGUCCUGCACCGCUCAGUUUAGCCGAUCGGCUUGGUCUCCGGUUGACAAAAAAUGCACAGAUUACAUUGAGAAAUCUGUCUCAGAAAUAGUGCUGUUGUUAUUUGUUGAGGAUAAGUGGAAUUUUAUACAAAGUUAUUUACAAAGAAUAUCUAUUAAUAAAAUGUAAUGUGAAGAAGCAGAAUUGUAUUCCAGACUUCGACUGGGGAUUUGUGAUAUGAAAUGUUACUCCCCCUUCCCCAAAAUGCAUUUUAUUGCAUUUCAUAUUUUUAUUGUAUGAAAGAAAAAAAACUAAAUGUUUUUGACUAUGCUGCUUGCAUAACCUUUAUGGAUGAAAUAUUUUUUAUAAUUUUUAUUUACUUUUAUUUUAUCCGAAAGCACUAAUUAUUCAAAAUGAUGCAUUUGAAAUUUUUAAUUAUUGCCGAUUGGUUGAAAUUAAUUGUAAACUAAUCUUAAAUUGAAUUUUCAUCAAUAUUUUUAAAAAAUUAAUUCUACUACAGGUGGAGUUGUUAAUUCUAAAAAAGUAAUGGUUUAAUUUUUUAUGAGUUUAAAAGUAUCUUUAUUUUAAUUAUUAUUUUUCUAGUGCAUUGUAACAGUUUUAACAAAAUAAAGGUCAAAACAUACUUGUUACUUUGUUUUUAAUAUGUCCAUUUAUCAUAUUUAAUACAUGUAUAUGUAAUAUCUUUGUUGGUGUUCCAUGAUUGGAAAAUUAUAGACUGGCAUGUUGUUUUCUGGAAUGGGAAUAAACAAUAUAUUAACGAAAUAUAGCACAU